AUGGCAAGCGAAAGUACGAGGCACUACGCACAGGACAACGCCGAUCGGCCGAUCCGAUUGGCACUUUCCCGCCAAGUUGGAGGCGGAGGACACACAAAGGCCCAUUCCGGCUGCGACGAGGCGGUGCCGACCGGCUCCCUACUAUGCCAAGUGUGCUCCGACCGCGCUUCCGGCUUCCACUACGGGGUCUUUGCGUGCGAGGGAUGCAAGGGCUUCUUCCGGCGCUCCAUCCAGCAGAAGAUCCAGUACCGCCCGUGCGCCAAGGCCCAGGACUGCCCGAUAGUGCGCGCGAAUCGGAAUCGCUGCCAGUACUGCCGGCUGAAGAAGUGUGUGGCCGUCGGGAUGAGUCGUGACGCCGUGCGAUUCGGGCGGGUGCCGAAGCGGGAGAAGGCGCGCAUGGUCGAAGAAAUAGCGCGCUCAUCCGUGCGCUGCCAGGUCGACGCGAUGCGGCUGCAGUUCGAGGAUCCGGCGCUGGUCUUCAAUAGGACGACGCAGGCGUUUGCACGGUUGUUGGAAUCGGCCUCCACUUUGGCCGAGUGCUACUGGUCGGUGGUGGCCACCGUCGCGCCGUCGUGCGCGCAGGCGAUGCCCGGACUACUCGCCGACCUCCGCGGCCUCUCCAUCCUCCACAGUGAGCGCGUGCGCUGCCCAGUGCCUCAGAAGUCGUUCCGUGAGCGGCACGCGUCUCUGGCGUCACUUCUAGAAGGCGGUCCCUCGCUCUGCUCCUCGGCCUCCAGCGUGUCGUCAUGUCCGAUGGGGAUGGACCAGGGAUUGGUGGCAUCGCCGCCAGAAAUUAAGGUCGACAUCUCGCCCCCGGCCUCCAUCGACGGCGAGCUGGACGACGACAAGCCGCUCGACCUAUCGCUAAAGAAGCGCAGUCCCCUAAUUAUCGAAUUCCGUUUUCCAUAUAGUAUAAGCCCAAGCCCAAGUUGCCCU